CUGCUGAAGCAACAUAUUGCUGUGCUGAAGGAGCUGCUCCUGGCUGUGUGAGUGCUGUUUGUGCUCUUUAACUCUUAGCACAGGAGCCCAUUAAUCAGCAGCUACUGGCUGGGGAAGAUCUAGCUGGGAUAUACUGCAACUGGGACUUCAAAGCAAGGGGAAGGUCACCAUGAAGCUGCUACACAAGUGCGGAUUCAUCUCAGUGCACCCAUGCUCUUGGGGUGUCCGUUUAUGCCUGUAGCCCUACUGGGGUUUUGUUGGGAAUCCUGGGGACUGCUUUGGUUACUAGAGAGGCAUCUGCUGUGUGCUCUAUGGCUGGGAAACUAGAAGGAUGAGACACUUUUUCUCUACAUAAAUGUGGCUUCGUUGAGCACGUAGGAUGGGCUAACAGACUCUCAUCCACUGGUGUGAAGUUCCCUCUGCUAACCCUAGAAGAUGAAAUCUUAAUAGCCCACAUGGCCGCAACUGGAUACAGUUCCUAGAGGAGUGGCACGCAUUAAGUCUGACAUUGGGGGAUGGCUCUACAUAUAUCUGCAGCAUCCAUGAUUCUCUUGGCAAUCACAGCUUCAGCAUCCUCUGCUUCCAUCAACCAGGAAGAUUACCCUGCAGAUGAAGGAGAACAGGCCUCCAGUAAUGACAACUUGAUCUUUGAUGACUACAGGGGUAAAGGUUGUGUGGAUGACAGUGGUUUUGUGUACAAACUAGGGGAGAGAUUUUUUCCGGGGCACUCUAACUGUCCUUGCAUUUGUACGGUGGAUGGACCUGUUUGUGACCAGCCAGAGUGCCCCAAAAUUCACCCCAAAUGCACUAAAGUGGAACACAAUGGAUGCUGUCCGGAGUGCAAAGAAGUAAAAAACUUUUGUGAAUAUCAUGGGAAAAAUUACAAAAUUCUGGAAGAAUUUAAGCCUUCCCCAUGUGAAUGGUGCCGGUGUGAACCUAGCAAUGAAGUACACUGUGUGGUGGCAGACUGUGCGGUGCCGGAGUGUGUGAACCCCGUAUACGAGCCUGAACAGUGCUGCCCAGUCUGCAAGAACGAUUCUGCAACAUCGUAGACAAAACACAGCUGGAUACACCAGGAGUAAAUCCAAACGCACGGGUAGAAUGAUGUGAACCGCCAACUAAGGAACAUGGUGCAGUCAUAAAUAAACAUGGUUUACUUAAAUACCUGGUCGGUGCUUGCCAAGAACGGUAUGAUGACUAUGAGCAGCUCAUCAGCUCCCACCCAGAUGUUACUAAUUAACUCAUAAAACUGGAUGUCACCAAACUUGGGACCACUCUAACACCCAGCAGGAGAUAUAUCUUGAAAAUACGGAAUCUCAUAUGGCUAGUUUUUGCAUUUGUGACGCCUACUGAGCUUCAGAUUUGCUUGGCACGCUGUGUUUCAAGAGACAUCAGAAAGAGCAAAAGGAUAUUAAUGAUCCCUCACAACUGGUGGAAGCUACUAAAGAGAGAUGUAACGAUAACGCAGUGUAAGAUAUUCCAUGUUGAGCCAUGCAGACAUCUUUCGCAACAUACAUUUUAAACAGAUGAGCAGGUUGAGCAAGCCUUCACACAGUUACGCGAGAACAGUAUAGACGCAUGGGUGGACAUUAUAUAAAUGAUCAAUAAUAAACACUGAGCAACCACUCCCCAAGCUGCAUCUAAAUGGGAAUUUUAAAUCAAUUCUGCAGAAUAUGUUAACAUUACCAUUAGUUGAAACAAUAGAGAAUAACAUAAAAAGUGUGUUGUGUAUCAGGGAUCAUACAUGCAUAUGAAUGCUGCAGUGAGUCGCAAUUCGCUUUUUCCAGACCUGUCUGAAUCAUUAACUUUAAAGUGUUUUUUUUGACCGAUUAGCAUGGUUUUUUACAAA